AUCCCGAGCCCCAUUGGGUGGGCGUUACCCGGAAGUGGUGGUUGGUGUUUCAUCAGACAACAUGUUGUAGUGUAGAGAGUAUACAUCCGUGGCGGUAGACCACACAGGGAGAAGCACUUUAUGAACUUAAUUGUAUGCGUCGGUAAGGGUAUAGUCAAACUAAGAAGCACGUACAGCUCUGCCACAAUGUGUAAGGAGCUGAAGACAAACGUGCUCCAUUUGCUACCGCAGACCUCUAACGGACCCUCUGCCGAGCAUGACAGCCGACCAGAUGGCGCUGAAGUCCUGGCCGCUACAGUGAAAGCCUUGAAAGACGGUCUGGUGGUGGCCGUGCCUACAGACACCAUCUACGGCCUGGCCUGCCUGGCCCAGCACCACGACGCCAUCAAGAAGGUGUACGAUAUCAAAGGACGAAAUGGACAGAAACCUCUGGCCAUAUGUGUUGGAGAAAUCCAAGAAAUUUAUAAGUAUUGUGAAGUGAAAGUUAAAGAAGAACUUCUGGCGGAUCUUCUCCCUGGUCCAGUAACGCUGGUGUUUGAGAGGUCUGAAGUUCUCAACAAAGAUCUCAACCCCUUCACUCCACUGGUAGGAGUUCGCAUCCCCGACCACGGCUUCUUGCGGCGGCUCUGCCAGAUGUGCGAGGAGCCGCUGGCCCUUACCAGUGCCAACAUCAGCUCACAAACCAGCACUGUGGCCGUGCACGAGUUUCAGGAUUUGUGGCCCAGACUAGCGUUGGUGGUAGACGACGGACCAAUCGGUGACCAGAACCGCUUGGGAUCAACGGUGGUCGACUUAUCAGUACUUGGCAAAUACCGGGUCAUCAGGCCUGGCUGUGCCUUUACCUCCACGGUGGAUCUCCUGCAACGGAAAUACGGACUGUGUGAAGACACGAUUGAAUGAAUGACCUGUGAACUCUACAUUUCAUUUGUUGAAUCGCACAAAGUGAGGUUCAAGGAGGGGGAAUGCCUCAUUAAGAAAAUGGAUCUCUCGCAGUGUUGAAUGGCUGCUCUCCAGGGAUAUUGCAGAAUCGAACAACACUUCAACCGUAAUCAAGCCAUUUCCAAAUUCUUUCAGGCAGUGAUGCUCUUCUGAAGGUUGCUUGGGACUUGAACUCAUGCUGUCCGCGGUUACUGUUGGGCUUUCUUUAAUGCCUGGUUUAUUACAUUUCAUUGUCGAGUUUUUCUUUCUGUGCGUUGUUGCAAAGGAGCAUAAACUGUAGGAAGUUAUGUUUUUUAUUUGAUUUUGGUGUGUGUGUGUGGAAGAGAUGUCACUUUUAUUACUGUUGAUUUCUCUUACAUUUAAUGGGAACAAUUAUAUAAAAACCAACAUUUUAAGUCUACACAUUUUAUUUAUUUUAAAAAAUACAUGGUUUUGUUACAGGUUGUCCGUUUUCAGAAUAGUUUGGAUUUUAAUUGAAUUAUAAAUUGAUCCCGACUAGCUGCAUUCUCAUAUGGGAGGCCUGUAGGAUUUAUUGGCCGCGCUAUUGCUCAACAAUUCGGUUUUUCUCACUGUGGACCCAGUUGAACACUCCUGUUUGUAUUAUCAGCUAAUUUAAUCUUGGUCUAAUGCAUUGUUUUCCAAAGAUUUAACCCUUACUCUUGAGAGAAAAUAAAUAGAUUUUUAUA